UUACGUGAGAGCUUAUGGGAUAGGUUCAAUUACGAACUAGACGUGGCAGAAAUGGACCCAGAGGAAUUGAUAAUGAAAUAUAAAUCGCACUUAUCACAUUCGUCUUCAGAAGAAAGUGCAAAUGAAGAUUUUGACGUAGAAGACUACGUUUAUGAGCCAGAGCAAUACGUUACCUCAAAAACAUCUUUAUCCUCCGCUGUUAUACCUGAGCCAAUCAAAAAAUAUUAUUUACCAUUGACAGACGUCCCUCAUCCGGACGACGUGGAUUCUACCUAUGAUAUGAAAAAGUUUUUAAGAGGAGACUACUGCCUAGAGAGUGAUAUACAACAACAACAUGGGAAGUCUCUUUUAACUAUUUUGAAAAUGCAGUCGUUCUCAUCAGAAUUGUUCCCGUUUGAAGCAAAAUUAAAUGACGAUUAUUCGAGUUUUAUGGAAACAGAAGAACUCAGACAAUAUAUGAAAGGUAACCUGGACCGCGUCAGUUUUGCCGGAGACAUUAUUAUGGGUAUCUCGAGAGGAUAUGCAACGAUUAAUAUUUUCGAGAAUGUCAAUAAGUCUGAAAUCGUUAACUUAGCCGACGAAGAGCUUAGAAGACUGAGACUCAUCGACGCCCAAGUUCGGGAAAACCAAAGAAAAGUGUAUAUAAGUGAACCAGAUUUAGAAGUGGACCGUCGACCUAUUAAGAGACGACAGACUGGUUUCACUCACCCUGAACAGUUUGAGGAACUGCUUCAUGUCCGAGACUCAUUUGUGAAAGUUUCAGACUCACUUAAGCUACCCAUUAAAUUUCAUAUCAAAAGCACCAGCCACUUAGGAGUAAAUGCAAAUGUAACAAUGUCCGAUGAAACCACAACGGCACAAGGUCAACGAAAGAUUAUUAGAAGGCCAACGACCUUCAUUAGUGGGGUGCCCGUUAACGAUGACAAUGAUGUCGGAGACGACUACUACACACAAGACACAAGAUUAGCAGGCUCUGUCCCGGAUUUAAUUAAUGUCAAGGAAGAAAGCCGAAUUGUUCGUAUAGACUCUGCCAAAUUAAAUUCACCACCAUGCCUUCCGAUUGCACGACGCCUCACUAGUUUCUCGAAGGAGUUUCUUGGAAUAGAGGAAACUAAUGCGGAAAAGGAGUAUCUUUCUCGGAGAGACACCUAUCGUUCCGUUGUCGAUGAGGCACCUACCUUAAAGGAUUACAGGCCACAAAAUGAACUACAUAUUGCUGAUUUAUUUGUAAAAGACCAAACUGGGCAGCGUCCGGGCAAGUUGCACAGAGACAGUCAACCUUUAAAGGGCGAAUACCAGUAUCUCCGUCCUUCCCUAACUGUCGAAGACGUACCUGAGACGAUUGUUAAAAAAAAAACCUCUCCAUCAAAAGACUUGUCUAUGAUUGCGUUACGGAGACCUCAGACAAAUUCGUUCAGAAGUUAUGAAUAUGCGAAACAACGUCCUACAAUGACCGUUUCUGAGUACAAGAUGAAGAAUCUACUUGAGUUAUUGGCAAAACCGAGAAACGACGUUUCCGAUAAAGGAAUACGGCUGCCAGGUGAUACGCCGCUCUAUAGCCCGGCUGGUUCAUUAAUAGGUCAUUCAUCGCCGCCUACAAAAUCUCCCCUUCGAAAGUCUUUACAGAAAAUAUCAAAUACUCUGCUACCCGUGUUGUCUGAAGAAAUACCCGUAGUACGAACUUUAGAUACAGAUGAAUGUGUUGUUCCUUUAUAAACUUUAUAGGUUUGUACUUGUAUCCCU